AGCAGCAGCAGCAUCACCAACGGCAGCAGAGACGCAUCAGCAGCAGCAGCGGCGGGAUUCAGAAACAGGUUUUGUGGACGUGUGGCUGUGGAGCAAGGAGACGCAGCACAAACUGGAUUUAUUUUGGAGCCUCACAGAAGCACAGCCAAAGCCUGAGUAAGAAGAACCGGUGAAACACACUAUGCUGAAAGGCGGCACCGCCAAGGCGGCGCUGCCCAAGGCAGCAGCCCCUGAACGGACACGGCUGAUUUCCUCCCUUCCACACACCUCCACCUCUACAUCCAGCAGCACCUCCACAGGCAUGAAGACUUCCCGCUCCUCCAGCACCAUCGCCUCUGACCUGCGCCUCAGCCGGCUGAAGCGGGCAAGCAGUGAUGAUGCUCUGGCUAAGCCUGUCCUGGGUCCAGCAGCUGCAGCAUCACGUAUGAAGAAGACCAUUACAACCGGAGCCAUCUCUGAGCUGGCAGACAACAGACCACGCAGUCUGACAGGGAUCCAGUCGAGCAAAAAGUCAGGGAUACCUGCUCCCCGCGAAAUCUCUCAGACCAUCUCCAGGGAACGCACCUCACUACGAGACCAACUGAAGCCCGCUAAUACCAAGAAACUGAUUCCCAGUGCCAGCACUUCCAGCCUGUCCACCCUAGCAAAGCAUGGGUCCCGUGGAUCCGUCAAAACAAAGACAGAAGCCGAGAGUGCGGACAAAGCCCUCCUGGAGUGCCAGGUCAAGGAGCUUCUGGCUGAGGCCAAAGCCAAGGAGUUUGAGAUCAGCAAGUUGCGGAUGGAGCUGCAGCGAUACAGAGGCAAGGGGUCACCGCAGGAAGCUGGCACACCAGAUGGGACCUCAGAUGGGGAGAGAACUGAGCUGCAUAACCAGGAUGCGCAGAUAUUAGUUGGGGAGUUGAGGGAGAAGAACGGCCGUUUCCAGAGGGAGCUGGCCGCCUUACGGGAGGAGAACCAAGCCUUGAAGGAAAAGCUCAUUUCGUUGGAAACUUCUCCAGUUUCCAGUGGUAAUAACACAGCAACUUCUGCAUCAUUAACUAGUCCAUCCACAGCUUCUACGUCAAUAACCAGUCCAACCAAACCUUCUCUUAAUGGAGUUCUACCAGAGAGUGCUACCACUGAAAUGGGAGAAGGUGGACCACUGAAUGGCAGUCCAAUCAAAACCUCUGUAUCGUCCAGUAGUGACCUCACCAAAGGUUCUCCAUCGCCAGACUCCUCAGAGUUUGAGAAGAUCCCGUCUCGCUCAGAUUCCAUCAGCAGCAGUACCAAGGGUGUUACUCUAGGAGCCAUGGAACGAGACUUAUCAGUAGAAUGCUUGACAGAGCGCAUCCAGAAGAUGGAAGAGAGCCACCACAGCACAUCGGAGGAGCUCCAGGCCACGCUGCAGGAGCUGGCCGACCAGCAGCAGGUUGUGCAGGAGCUGACGGUAGAGAACGAGCGACUGGCCGAGGAGAAAGGACUCCUCCAAACCUCGCUACAACAACAGCGGGAGCGUGUGGAGCUCCUGGCUCAGAAGAAUGAGGCUCUUCUCCAGAGGCUCCGAGAGCAAGCCCAGAGUCACGAAGCCGAGGCCUCGCGUGCCUCCAGGACAGCAGAGCUGGAGCAGCGUUUGGCUGAGCAGGUGGAGAACUCGCGCUUUGAGAGGGAGAAGCUUGUGGACAUUCAGCAGCAGCUCACCGGAAGCUUGAGGGCUCUGGAGAAGGAGCACCAGGAGGCCCAGGCGACCGCAAGAAGCUUGAAUGAAGAGCUGGAGCUCCUCCGGCAGCUGCUGGAGAGAGAGAAGGAGUCCGGAGCAGAGGCAGCGAGGUUGGCAGACAGUGAGCAUCAAGCUGCAGAGGCUCUGAAGGCAGAGAACGAGCGCUUGAAAGGCCAUUUGGAGACAGAGAAGCAGAAGGUGGUGGAGCUGAAAGUGGUGCAAAGUGCCAGCAACAGUACCGAGCUGCAAGCCCUGCUGAAAUUGGCUCAUGCAGACAGAGACAAGCUGGAGGUCAGCUGUUCGGAGCUGAAGCAGGAGCUGCUGCAGGCACACAGUGAAUUGGAGCGUCUUCAGGAUUUGCUUAAUAAGGCUGAGGAAGAGCGGCAGCAACAUCAGGACAGAUUAGAGAAGCAGGAGCAGGACCACAAAUCCAGCCUGCUUGCUUUAGAGGAGAAGAGCAGGGAAGGAGAGAACCAGAUCAAGGACCUGAAGGAGACCAUCUUCGAGCUGGAGGACCAAGUGGAACAGCAGCGGGCUGUCAGACUUCACACCAACCAGACCAUCCUGGACUUGGAGAAUCAAAUCAAGAGGCUGGACGAUCAAAAGGUUGAGCAGGACAAGCAGAUGAGAGCCAUGAGCAAACAGAUAAAGGAAGAGACUGAAGAGUGGCGGCGUUUCCAGGCUGACCUACAGACAGCAGUGGUUGUGGCGAAUGAUAUAAAAGUGGAAUCGCAGCAGGAGGUGCGAAUGCUGCGGAGGCGGCUGCAGGAGGAGCAGGAGCGCAGUGCCAGACUGGCCUCGGAGCUGGAGCAGAUCCAGGGGGCCAGAAUCACAGCUGGAGCAGCAUUCGAAAACAACAAGACUGCGGUGGAGGGCCGAUAGAGAAUAUGUUACAUGAAUAUCUGUUACAUGAAUCAGAUGCUCGAAAGGCAGUAUUACAACAACACAGAUUUAUGUGUGCAAGUGUUAUUAUUGGAAAAAAGAUAUAUUGUUAACAUGCUCAGCCGUAAUCAUAUAUAACAUACAGCUGUGGAAAAAAAUAAGAGACCACUUAAAAAUGAUGAGUUUUUUUUAUUUUACCAAAUUGAAAACCUUUGGAAUAUAAUCAAGAGGAAGAUGGAUGAUCACAAGCCAUCAAACCAAGCUAAACAGCUUGUAUUUUUGUACCAGGAGUAAAGGCAUAAAGUUAUCCAAAAGCAGUGUGUAACACUGGUGGAGGAGAACAUGCCAAGAUUCUUGAAAACUGUGAUUAAAAACCAGGGUUAUUCCACCAAAUAUUGAUUUCUGAACUCUUAAAACUUAAUGAAUAUGAACUUGUUUUCUUUCUUCGUUAUUUCAGCCAUUUCUCAUUUUCUGCUAAUAAAUGCUCUGAAUGACAAUUUUUUUAUUUGGAAGUUGGGAGAAAUAUGUCUGUAGUUUAUGGAAUUAAAAUGUCCAUUUUACUCAAACAUAUACCUAUAAAUAGCAAAAUCAGACAAACUGAUUCAGAAACUAAAGUGCUCUCUUCAUUUUUUCCAGAGCUGUAAAUACUGACUAUAGAAUUUCCUGCAAAAUAUGUAAUUGUGGCUUAUUUAUUUACAAGAGCUGGAUUUUAAAUGUUCUAUCACUCAUAUGUGAAUAUCUCUUCUUAAUUUGCUCAGAUAUGUUAUGUAUUUAUCUAAACAGUUAAAGGAUAUUCCUGCAUUUUUCGUUCACUGUACAUAGAAUUGAAUGGAAAACCCGCAGAUUCAAAUCACAGAAUAUAGUUAAUGUAUGAGAUAAUGAUACUAAUUGGUGCUUUCACACAAACAGUACAAUCUCAAAUUUAGUUUUUUUUUCUUCUUCAUUUUCUGACAAAAUGUAAAUCUGACAUUUUAUGAUGAAAAUUGACCAUUAGAAAUGCUUCGUUAGAAAUCUUUUGGUACCACUUUAAAAUAAGACUAACUUUAUAAAGGGUUUAUAAAUGCAUUACAAUUAGUUUAUUAAUGGUUACCAAUUAGAUUGUAAAUGCCUUAAAAAUCUUUUUUUUUUUUUUUUUCAGUUUUAACACAUACGUUUUUGCUAGUAUGUCUACACCCUGGAGGCUGGAGCAGGGAGGCAAACUCAGGAGUAGUUGGGGUGGAUUUCAGGGACAUUUCAUAGUUGGGUGUGUAAAGCCAAAGCCUCCCCUGCAGGAGUGAUGAAGGAGAAAAGAGGGGGAGAUGGGGAGGUGGAGGGGGAGGAGAUAGUGAGGGUUUAUAUAGGGCUUGUUCCAUCUCCCAAAAUGAAGUUAUUCCAUAACUCCAACUAUUGACUUCUGUGAAUUUUAAAGAGGGUGUUUCUUCCAUCCUGUAAAUUUGCUAUUUUGGAGAUACAAGCGUUUUUGUCUGACAGUGACAAUAUUAUUUACUAUAUUAGAAGCUACUAGUCACUGUAGUAGAAACUGUAGUAAUUGUCCACUCUACUGUUUCUGCAGUGUUUUGUCUAAGACUCUUUAUGUGGAUGGUGCUAUCACUCUCUCCUGUAUUAUAGGAUAUUGUCUGUUUAGCUUGCUUUCUUUGCAGCUUGUGCUGAGAUAGCUAUUGUAUGACAUUACAGAUAACCUGUUAAGUGGGUUUAGGGUGGCCACACCAAUAUUUAUAACAGAAAUUGAUGUUUUAAAAUGACAAAAUUAAGAAUUACAAAGUAUAUACCAGUAGUAGUAAUAAAUACUGUUAUUUUUCAGCCCACCAGGGUUCUGGAACUUAGUAUGGAACUAUAUAUAUAUAUAUAUAUAUAUAUAUAUAUAUAUAUAUAUAUAUAUUAGAGCACAUAAAAUGUAGAUGUAAAAAUGCUGGAAUAUCCCUUUUAAAGAUAAUAGCUAUUAGCUACACUAGUUCAACAGUAGACAAUUUCAGUCCUGGAGUUGCUGGAUUUCUGCACAAUAAGCUGCAUUUUAAAGUCUAGGCCACAGUCGAGGUAGGACUGUGCUGUGAAGACUGUGAAGUCACAUGAUUACACUGAGGCACAAAACUUGUGUGCCUUUUCAUUUAUGCGCAGAGAUGAUGAAGAAAAAAAUGUGAAAAAACAUCUUGAAACAAACUCUGCUCAAGAGUCUUUGCUUCCCGGCACUUUUGUCCAAUUUUUGUAGUGCAGUUUUUUCUUAUUCUGCCCUUAUUUUGGAUGUGCACAGUGAAUUGUGGGUAACUAAGGGUUGGAAGGGUUGGUUUCUUUAAAUUACUUUAGAAUUUCUCAGCUCUGUAUGAAGGAUGCUUAACUUUGCAUCAGCCUUUAAUAAUGUAGAAAUGGAGCCAGUCUAGAAUGCAGCCUAGAAAGCAGAUGUUGUGAUUGAGCUUUUAAUGCUCAUCAGGUUUAUUUGGUCUGUUAAAGAUUCACUAAACAGCCUGAUUUUUGCUGACUCCACCCUCAGCUCAAAUUUGAAAAAUGCUAAAAAAAAAUGCUAAAAAAAUGCUAAAAAAAAAAAAAUGAGAGGAGUAGUUUGGGAGGGGCAUUGGGUGAUGUAUGGGUUUAGAGGCAGGGCAGGAGGGAGAGCUGAUUGGCUGAGCUGCAGCAGCAGCAGUGUUCCUCUGAUAGCGGCGGGGAGAUGCAGAUUGUUGGAUGUCAGCGGAGGUGGGGAGGCGGUAUUAUUGAUUGGCUGAUUUGCAUAUUGUGAUGUGUCUGCGUACCAAAAUACAAAGAAACAUUAUCCUCACCUAUAAUAGAACACAGUAGAACCUGAGAGAACCUGUAUAAUGACCACAAUAAAAGCAAUUUUUCUUAAAAGGUUAGGAAAGGUUUAUAAAAAAUGUAAGCAGGACUGGUAUGAUUCAUUUCUUCAAAAUAACACAGUUCAGCUAUUAAUGAAAAUAAAUAUGAUUUAAGCUUUUAAAAGCAGGGAACUCAGUGAACUGUGCAGGAAUCCAGCACUCCAGUAUCAGAUUCUCCAUCCUGUUCUAGUUGCUAGUUAAUAACUAAUGCACUUCUCUUGUGUUAUAAUGUGGCUUUGGCUUGAGCAAAACUGUAAAUACGUGAUAUUUUCUGCACAUUUGAAAUGUUUAUUUUGGGAAGGGACGGUGGGGAACUGAACCUAAAGAGAAAAAAAGAACAAGCAUACAGUGUUCCACUGUUUCACUGGUGUGUUUUUCCUGAUGAACACUGUUCCUGUUUUUCUUUCCAGUGCUUAAACUGAUGCUAUAUUAUAUUGCCUUAUAUUGACAGAAAGACAACGUUUCUGAGCAGGAAACUGUUACCAAACCAGCACUUUUUUUUAGCUUUGUUUUAACAGUCUGUAUUUAUCAGUUUGGAAGACUUAAUUAACAGCUUGAUUUUAAUAUGAUUUACACACAAUUUGAUCAAUUUAAGUUUAAGGGUUGCUGUAAAUAUUAACCCAAAUAGAUCUACGGUUUGAUUUGGUUUGUGGUUUCAACGAGUGUACUGUUCUUUCAGAAUGUUUACAUCAACAAGGAUGUGCCUUGUGGUCUUAAUUUUAUGUUGUUGUUUUUUUUUUGUCUUUUUUCAGAUCUAAAUCAGUUUUUAGUUAGAUUUUGAGCCGUCCAGAAAAACACUGUUGUUCCCUUUAAUUAUAAAUGUUCUUUAAAAAACGUCCUUUAGGGGAUGUGGCUGUUUAGCAAAUUUAGCUGUUAUUAGAAAAACACCACUAGAUGGCACCAACAUCAUAAUAUUAUUGUAGUAUAUUAAUAAAUGUAAAUACAUUUAUUCCUUCUGACAAAUUCUGUUGAGACCUAAAGUGAUGAUUCUAAGUCUACCGAAGACAUUUAAUCCUUAACCCUUUCAGGCACACAGAGAAUUUAUUUUCAAAUGUCAGAUUUACUGAUGUUUUCCUAACAAUGACCAUUAUACCUCAAAGGGUUAAGUGUUUAUAAUAAUUUGUCAUGUUACAACUGUAAGAAAAUAUGAAGAUUAGGUCUUAAACACUUAAACAUGUCUAAUUCUAGCCUUUUCUCUCCAUUUCAAUCUGUGGAAGUUUUAAACAAAACCUUUAAAUGACAUUUCAAUGAUGUUUUAUUUGUUGAAGUAUUUCAGUAUGAAAUCUUGUCUUUCACAUUUUUGAAUGUUAACACAUAAGAGCCAUUCAGAGAUCCUCACACAGAUCCUUUACUGCCAUUUCGCAAAUCUCAGGUUUCUAUCGCCAGUACCCAUCAUGCUCAAGAUCAGACGCCACUCCGUUCUGAUUUACUGGCACAUGCUGAAACGAAAACUUCAGGAUAUAAAUCUUACCAGAAAAACAUUAACAUGAUCAGUCAGGUUUAAAGCCUCAAAUCAAGCCAUGUACAAGCCAUGAGAUUAUGUGACUGCGCGAAGCUUUAAUUUAUUUACUGUUUAAACCAAUGUUGUGUGUUACAAUGACGACGUGGACAUCCGUGACCAAAAUGCUGUCUGCUCCUGAUCACAUGGUUAUUAAUGUAUGAUUGAUGAUUCACCUUUUUAUCGUGACUGUUGUUGCUGUGAGGUUAAUAAACCACAAUUUUAUCAUG